UCGCCUCCAUACUGGGCACCUCUCGCAACAUACAGGUGUCCGGUCAUCAGAUUAAGAACAUCGAUGCUACACAGGUUGUAAACGCAGCGCAGACGUGCAGAGAGCAGCGAAACUCCUGCAGGUCAACGAGCGUGAGCUGACGGCCGCUCUGACAUCUCGCACGAUCUUCAUGCGAGGCGACUCCGUAACUACGACGAUGGGAGCCGAGCAAUCGCUGGACGUUCGUGAUGCCCUCGUUAAAGGAAUCUAUGGUCGCAUGUUCAUCUGGAUCGUCGAGAAGAUCAACAAAGCCAUAUUCAGUCCGAAGGCGGACAAGAGCCAGUACAUGUCGAUCGGAGUUCUCGACAUCUUCGGCUUUGAAAACUUUGACAAGAACAGUUUUGAGCAGCUGUGCAUUAAUUAUGCAAACGAGGCACUGCAGCAGUUUUUCAUCCGCCAUAUAUUCAAACUGGAGCAGGAAGAGUACAAUCUAGAGGCGAUCAACUGGCAGCACAUAGAGUUCGUUGACAACCAGGAUGCGCUGGACCUGAUUGCAGUCAAGCCUCUAAAUAUCAUUUCACUCAUUGACGAGGAGUCCAGGUUCCCCAAGGUAAACGACUGA